AUGGGUGGUAGCAGGGUGGUGGAAACGAAUGGCGUGGGUCGGCGUAGUAGGAGAAGUGCCAGGGAAGCAAGAGAGGAAAGUAUAAGCCCGAUCUCAGUUCGAACGGUUCGCCGCGAUCGGCUUCGUCUCUGGUUUAGUUGCUUCGUUGCACGGCACGAUCGCACACGAAGAGAUCCUUCCGCUUACUUUGUCAAGACGUUCCGUCCGAUGGGAUACGGCCGCUUCCGGCGCUGCUUGCCGCCUCUUCUAACAUACGGAAGUCCUUCGCCACCCCCGAUGACUCUACCCGUUGGCUCCUGUUACACCGUGAAAUCACGCGUUCAUCGCUCGUUGCCAGCAGUCCUAAAAAAAUGGUGGCUUUGGUGGUUACUUUUGCCAGGAUGUCUUGCCUCGUGGACAAAGUACAUUGAAGAAUACGAUUCCAUCAGAGUAGCUAGAUGCGACGCUUAUUGCGGUAGUAAUUAUCCAGAAAAAUGCAUGGAGAAUUGCUUGGCAUCCAAUUACACGAAACCUGGUUACUGCCCUGAUAAGGCGUCCAUGUCACUCUUCGAAGCUGUUUGCUUAGUGGCAUGCACCGACGAUUCCCGUUGUCCAGACCUAGCAAAAUGCUGCAGACACGAUUGCGGUGUCACUUGUAUGCACCCCCUUGGCUUAGACAAUAGAACUGAUCUACCUCCAAUUCCAGAGAAUCUCCAAAUCAGACAGCAAAAGAACAACUUGGUUCUUUUAACUUGGCACAACUCUAAAGGACAAUGCCUUAAUUCAUCUUUAGAUAAGAAUAUUAGGUACUUGGUGGAAGAACGACAUCUACUUGGACCAAGGUAUCUGGAAUCUAGAUUGAGUUCCUGGACGGUUCGGCACGUUUCGACAAAGUCCCAUGCAACCCUUCGUGAACGAUUGAAAACUGGACAUUGGUAUCAAUUUCGUAUAGCGGCUAUUAAUGAAAAUGGAUCACGGGGGUAUUCUCAACCAUCGAGGCCUUUCAAAACUAGAGAACCAAGGAACCCUAAAGAACCGCAGAAUUUAACUUUGUCCGAUGCAAGGUUGGUCGGUGGAAAACUGCGAAUUACUCUCAGAUGGGUUAAGCCAGCCUCGGACGUGCCGAUAACAUUCUACAAAGUAUUUUGGAGCCGCCUUGUACACGGUCCGACCAACGAUUCCAUUCUCGUUUAUCACAGGACGGUCCUGAAGGACAAGACUUGCUACGAACUGAAGAACUUGGAACUGAAGUGUCAGUACUUUCUUCAGGUCCAAGCGGUCGCCCUGUACGGAAGUCGUCGAUUGACAUCGCGAAAAGCGUCGAAAGUCUUCAACAGCACCGACUACAUGGCAUACGCCAACGUGGGGAGACGUUCUCGCAGGUGUGAGCGAUAUCAAACCGGCCUUCAUGUGCGACGUAUGACCUGCCACUGCGAAGAGGUCAAGGUACGUCUGGUUUGGCCAACGAACCGUGAUGUUAAGGCAUACAACGUAUCCUGGAGGGAGGAGUCCUGUUCGUCCUUGCAGGAAAACCAUGCAGCCCAUCGGAAGAAGGCUUCGUGGAAAGUUGUCCAGACACCACAUUUGGACAUAUGGCGACUUCGAAGCGAGUGUACGUACAACGUGAACGUACGGAACAUCUUCGACGACGAAAGCAGUGACAAACAUGGCACCAGCAUCGAGUUCUUUGCUACCGGCUGUCAGAAAGAGUAUGAUCAGAAGGAGAAGAAAUAUUCGAAGGAUAAAAUAACACAGUGUAAGAAUAAAUCGUUGAGAAGUAAACGGUAUUUUACUGGUCUAUCACUGAUAUAA